UGCAAGUUGAAAAUGCAGACGCAGUCCGCUUCGCAGGUUGAUAUCGCGGCCGUGACGAGUCUGUUGCAAUGGAAGUCCAAGAGCAAGUCCGAUAGACACGCGGACGAGUCGUCGUCCAUCGCAUUGGCACAGCAACUCUUGGCCGAUGAGGCCACUGUCGCGGCCAUCGAGCGCACCCUGCAUAUCUCGCGCACUCGCGUGCUGCAAGCCAUGUUGGAGUACGCUGUGUUUUUGGCCACCAAGGGCGACACAUCACCGUCUACAAGUGCCCACUCCUUCCUCUUUCUCUCCAAGGCCAUGCUCCAGACAACGUCGUACCAGUUGUCCCUGCUCUCGUGCACCCAACUCCUGCAAGCCAUGUCGCGAGUUCUCGCCGAGCACGCCGCUGCCUGUCGCGUCAACUUGUCUUCGUUUGACGACGCUCUUAUCGACAGCUUGUCCGCCGUGUUCGUCCGUCUCUUUGAGGCGGCAUCGACCGCGACGUUUGUCCCUCGCUUUGGCAAUUUCAAACCGCCGACGGACGUGUACGCAACCUUUUUCCACUCGACCUUGACGUCGUUGCUCGCGUUGGCGGCUGCAGCUCCGUCUCCAACGAUCGCUUCGUUCGGGUUGGCUAUUCUCAAGACCCACCACGCGCUCCAAACGAACCAAACAAACAAGAAGAAGGUGUUUCUAGCUUGCAAGCAAUCGUUGGCCACCCUUGUUACCCUCCGAGCGUCCACCGCCGCCCUGCUUCCAUACAGCGCCGGCAUGCUCCAGGCACUUGACGUAUCCAUCGCCGAUGCACUGUUCGACCCCGAGCACCUGCACGGGUACGGGGGUCUCGUGGUGGCGACCACGACGUACCCGUCGCCGCCAACUGCCCCUGUCACGGACGAAAACGCUAGUGCUCCUGCGAAAAAGAAGGCCAAGGGUAGCGGCGAUGGCCGUCGAAAUGGCGGCGCCACGAGCCAGUUGCAGCAGUCGUACCAGCACGGGUUGUUUGACGAGAUUGGCCGGUUGGUCGCAGACGCGUCCCAUGUCGCCCCGUUUAUGCAAAUGCUUGUGCGCGAGUAUGUCGUGUACAUUCGUCGGUCGAGUGCAACGUUCGUCGACAAGAAGAAGAUGGGGGGGGUACCGCAAAAACGAAAAACCGGCGCGUCUUCGUCGGCCAAAGCAGACGCGAUUACGCCGGCGUUUUCAUUCUGGCUCGACAUGUGUGCCGUGACCACCACGUAUUUGCAACAAACUUGCACAGCAACAACGACACGGCAACAGCAACUGGCCAACGGAAGUGCAUUGUGGCAUGGCCUGUGGGAUGUUAUGAACGCGAGCGACAUUUACCGUGUCGCAGAAGACAACGCCAGCCAACACCAACUCUAUUACCUCGAACAAACCGUGGCGUCCGUGAUGCAGCACCUCGAGUCGGGUGCGGCCGCCGCCACCGACACGACGCUGCUGUCCAACAUGGUGCAAUGCUCGCCCAAGAUUCUGCAGCCUCACUUGGCGCUUGUGUUUUCGUACUUGGCUGCCCACGCAACGUCCUCUGACGAUAACGGGGCGACCCGCGCCGCCGCCUGCUUGGCGCGCCUCGUCGAAUCUUACGAUGCCAUGCGUCUCUUGGAAGAGUUCCUUGCCGUUUUGUUUCAAGGCGACGCGGCCUCCCGCCAUAUAUUGUGCUCGUUGUUUGUCCACGAAGAAGGUAUACACCUAGGUGCAGCUAUUCGAGGCGCGUUCGCGAACGUACCGGCUGGCCAAGUCGAGUCGCUGUGGCUGUUCUUCCACGACGCGCUGUACCAAUCCAUGCAUGCCAAGGCGACGACCACCGUCGUCAACGACGGGCAGCUUGGACUUGUGCGCACUGUGUUUGCCUUGUACAUGCAGGAAGUCCCGGCGACGGAGCACAUUCAACCGGCCUUGCUGCAAUGCGCCAAGCAAACGUUCGACCUGGUGUUGCUACCUCGUGCCAUCCCGACCCCCUCCCCCUCGUCGUCGUCGUCGUUGUCCCCCACAAACCAAGUGUUGCUGCAGCAGGAGGCGCUGAGUUUACUCGGAGAGCUCGGAGCGUUGACGGACAAAGGGGUCGACAUGUCAUUUGUCGGCCCCGCCGUCUUCGAUACUCCCGUGAUGGAGGUAUUUACCGCUGCGAUCCCGUCCAUGUUUGGAAACCACGACCACCCGUCGGACCACGAAGGCGGCAUCUUGAAGCUGUGUGCUACCCGCGUCCGACAACUCGUGUCGACAUUUCGCACGUCCGCCGCCGAACCCAUCGCGUCGUUCGUCCUUGGCCAGGCGGUCGCUCGACUCGACCAUGUCGCCAUCGUCACCCCCUUCCUGAACGAGCUCGGCCACGCCGCCACGGCGGCUUCGUGCGCCGAGUUUGUGAAUACGAUUUCGCUGGCGGCUGUCAGCCAUACGCUGCGCCCCAACUUGUUCUUGGACGCAGGGUUUUACGAGAUUCGACCAUUCUUGAGCGUACUCCCUGCUGCGUUUACGUCCAUCUUGACACGUCGGACGCUGGCAGCAGUGUGGACCAAACCCCCCCCGUCUUUGUCAAAAAAGAAGGGGGGCAGCAACUCGAAAGCGGCGGCUGCAACUUCCACACCAACCCCGCCGUCGACAUUGCCCGAAUUGCGAGCCCUCCUGGAAAAGCAACGACACACGCCGACUGAUGAGGCGUCCCUGCUAGCCCUGCACGCCGCGGUGGAGUUUAUGAUGACGGUGCCCUUGCCCAAUGAAUUUGGACUGUCAUCGGAAGGAGCCGCGUUGUUUGGAUGCAUUCUGGACGUGGAAGCGUUGCUGACGUCGUUGUCGACGAACCCGGAAGCACUGGUUGAAUCGCUGCAUGAAUGGUUGCGAUCGUUGUUGGCUGGGGUCGUCGCUCCGUUGGCGCCACCUGCGCUGACCUUGUUGACCACGUGGACGUCGGCGUUGCUUACACGCGAUGCCUCGUUGCAGAGCAACUUAAAGCUGUGGAAACCGAUCAUUCGCGUGUUGGUGCACUUUCAUCCUAAGCACAUGGCGCCUAUCCACGACGCUGUCGUGGCGUCGGCCACCUCCUCCAAGACUGCGACGAUGGACGUGGUCGCGCUCUGCCUGGAAGCGUGGGGGGGCUCCAACCAUGCUGCCAUGGGCGAUCGAUUCUUCCAAGCGUUGUUGCCGGCGUUACUGGCUCGCUUCGAGCACCCCACGCCCAACGACGCGCACGUGUUGGCGGCCGCGGUGCAGUACUGCCAUCGAGCCAAGGGGGGGCGCGUGCCCCCUUCGUUGCUGCCGUUCGUCGGCCCGUUUCUUGCGGUGGCCUGUCGAACGAUCGUCCAGGACCAGCAACUGGGUCGUCACGUCGUUGUAUCUUCUCGCAGUAGCAGUGCCCGUCUUGUCCACAUCGUGUGCGCCCACGUACAGACGCUGGCUUUGGAUUUGGCAACUGUGGGCAGGCUCGUGGCAACGUUGCUGGUCGGCGGCGGCCACAGCCUCGACGACGGCCUAUCGUCAACUUCGUUGGAACUGCUCGUGGAGAACGCCACCCCCGACGAGUUUCACCUUGUGUGGCGCACUCUGACCUCGGAAAUCGCUGUCCUGCACGACCCCGCGCGCGUCCUUGCCGCGCUCCGCGCCAUGUUGAUGGUGCUGUGCAUGGAACGAGCCCCCAAGAACCAGCGGGUGCUGGCGGAUUCGGCCAAGACGACCCUCGCCACCCUCGUCAAUCUCUGCAACGACGAUGACGCGGCUUCACACGUCGUGACGGAGAUCCAUGUGGCUGCCCUCCGCGUGGUCGCGCAAGCAUUUGCCAAGGGGGGCGACGCGUUCGACUGGCACGCUGCCGACAUCCACGUCGCCCUUCUCGCCCUUCGCCCGCUUCUGUCCGUGGUGGCCUCCCCCUCCUCCCCCCGCCCGUCAGCCGGCCUUGGGCCUCAAGUGUGGCAGCAGUCGUAUUUGCUGCUCCUGCGACUCUUGAGACAGUAUCACACGACGUUGCCGCAGUAUUUGCCGCACUUUGUCGCAGGUUGCAAUGCGCUCCUGCGGGCGUUGCUGUACGCCGCCGCCAAAGCGGACUCGACCGACCACAAUCUGCUGCAUUUGUGGGCGUCCAACCUGACUCGGUUGUACGGGUACAUGCUGCCGCAUGCGACAUCGUUCCGAAAACACAUGGUGUACAUGCUGUCCGAGUUCUUCUACAAGCACGACGCGUUGCCGGUGGACGUGCAAGGAACGCUCCGUCCAGGCAUUUACGCGCUGUUUGACAUUUGCUCCAAGUACGAAAAGGAGCAACUGUAUGGCACCCUCGACGGCACCGGCAAGGUCCUACUCAAAGCCAUCGACGCACACUACAAGGAAUCGCACCAGUACACGGGCAAGGUGUAGUUUCCGUGGUCGUCAUCCAAGUCGAAAGCAGUCGGCAACCUUGAGAAUCAAAUUUAUUGUAGCUAUGUUCUACUGAGUUUCGAUAUGUGGAUGUCGCUUCGACCUGCAUGUCGACCACUUUCGCAGAGGCGAGGGUGCAUGGUUCCACGUGAAAUGUCGUUGUCAUGAAAUACCUCAACGUUCUCCGUCCGAA